AUGGAUCUUUUGAAAGACGCAGCCAAGAACUUGAACCUCUAUGAGGUCAAGGCAUAUGUUCGAAAAGCGCAAAAUGGUAUGUUGUUUUUUGUUUUUUUUUUGGAGCUACGAUGACUGUUUUUUUGUUUCAUGUUGAUGGUGAUGGUGAUAGUGAUGACGAUUUGAACUAGUUACUAACGAAUGUUCUACUACAGUUGCCAUGAAUUUAACCGAGAUUGAAUCAAAGGUGCGUGAGGCCACGAACAACGAGCCGUGGGGUGCUUCAACAACAAAAAUGGCACAGAUAGCCAGUGCCACUUACAACUACAGAGAAAGGGAAGAGAUUAUUGCUUUCAUUUUCCGUAGAUUCACGGAAAAGGCCGCCAAUGAGUGGAGGCAGGUUUACAAGUCGUUGCAAUUGUUGGAUUACUUGAUCAAAAACGGUAGCGAGCGGAUCAUUGACGAUGUCAGAUCCAACUUGUCCUUGAUCCAAAUGUUGAAGUCGUUCCACUAUAUCGACUCCAAGGGAAGAGACCAGGGCAUCAAUGUGCGCAACAAGGCUAAAAACUUGAUCACGUUGUUGAAUGACGACACUCAAAUCAGAAACGAGCGUAAGAAAGCUAGGGCCAAUGCUAAAAAAUUUGGUGGUGUCUCCUCGGCUGCAUUUGGUGGUGCCUCGUCCGUUAGCACUAGCUACGGCGGAUCCUCGUCAUCUUUUGGCGAUGUCGAUGACGACGAGUUUUCCAACAGGGUUUACGGCGACGGAGGAGUUUACGGAGAAAGAUACGACGAUCCAGCCUCGGCAUACAACAACGGGGCUACUGGAACUAGUGGCGAUCAAUUUGAAGAAUACGAUGUGCAGCCAACGCCUAAUGCUGCUGCUGCAAAAGCAACCACGGGCGCAUCGAGAGUCAAUGCCAAGGCAUCUAAAUCCAAGCCACAGCCCAAGGAACCACAAGAUGACUUGUUUGGCGAUCUUUUGGCUUUUGAUAACGCGCCAGCAGCUGCUGGUGCCGCUGGUGCUGGUGGUGCAGAAGGCGAUGACGACGAGGAUGAAUUUGACGAUUUCCAAGCUGCUCCUUCACAACCACAGAAACUGAACAGUUUGUCAAACAAUUUGGCAAAUUUGUACCACGCACAACCUCAACAGGAACAAGUACAACAACAGCAGCAGCAGCAGCAUCAAAACCAUUUCCAAGCUCAGCCACAGGUGAAUGUUUUCCAAUCCGCUACUGUUUCCACACCAUCAUAUACCGCUUCAGCAACUUCUGUGUCGACGGGACCGGCCAAAACAACCAACAACGAUGCAUUUUCCUCUUUAUUCUCAUCAGCUAAAACCAAAUCCAGCGGCACUCCAAAACCACUGGCAAAGCCAAAUGCUAGUGCGAAAAAGACAACUGGGCUCGACGACGACUAUUUCGGCACAAGCAGUUCAUCACCCAAACCUCAGACUCAAACCAGCAAUAGCAAUAGCAAUAGCAACAACAAUAACAGCUCGAGCUCAAAUGGGGGAGGAGAAAUUGAUUUGCUUAGCUUUUAG